CCCAUGGUAUGUUUGUGAGAGCCACUCUGGCUGUGAGUGUGGUGUUGAACAGUGUGUCUUUGUGUGUGCAGUGAGGUCUGGAGCUGCAGGGACACACACACAUUCACACACUGAGCCACCUCGACACGACAAAUUCCUCUGGUGCGGUGCUUAUCAGAGAAUCUUUAAAAUCUUGUACACAAGUGGUUAUUUAAGAUGAGAUUAACUUCAGUCUUUAGGAGGCAUUAGAAGACUCUGUGAAUUCCUAGUGAGGAAGAGACCAAAAUGUUUCUCCUUCCUACAUGGGCCGUUAUAUUAUUGUUUUUUCUCGGAAUCCGGGAAGUGAAGCCAGGAAAGUGCCCUAAAUUCUGCAUGUGUGACAGCAUUCAGCUUACAGUGGCUUGUGUCAAGAGGAACCUGACUGAGAUUCCACCCACCAUUGAUGAGAUCACAGUUAAGUUGGACCUGAGAGGUAAUAACAUACAGGAGCUUCCUACAGGAGCAUUCAAACAUACACCUUACCUCACCCACUUGUCUCUCCAACGCACUGGCAUCCACAAAGUACGAGAAGGAGCUUUCCGCAGUCUCGGCCGCUUGGUCUUUCUCAACUUGGCCUACAAUGACAUCGAUAUUCUGUACCAAGAGUCAUUUGAUGGGCUCUCCUCCCUGAAGCAGCUAAUCAUUGACCACAACAGAAUAGAGGAGAUCCAGCCUGGAGCUUUCUCGCAGCUGGGGUUUCUUAACCUCCUCUCCGUCACUCACAACCAGCUGGUAUACAUACCGAAUAUGGCUUUUCAGGGCCUACAGAACAUUAAGUGGUUACAGCUCAGUCAUAAUGCACUCAAUUAUGUUGACACUGAAGCUUUUGCUGGCCUCUUCACUCUAACCCGUCUCAGUCUUGAUAACAACGAGCUCCAGUUUUUCCCCACUGAGACCAUGACAAGACUCCCUGAGGUGACACGCCUAGACUUGAGUUACAAUCCCAUGACCUAUCUUGGAGAGGAGGUAGUGUCUAUGGCAAAGCUUACACACCUCUUUUUGGAUCACAAUUCUCUGCAGGAUUUUUCUAGUGCAGCUGUUUUGCUCUCACCCAAGCUCACACACCUUGACCUCAGCCAUAACCAGCUGCGUGUCUUGCAGCCUUUGGCCCUUGGCUCCCCUAAGCUGACUCGUCUCAACCUGACGGGCAACCCAAUCUACUGCAGUUGCUACCUGCGUCCACUGCGAGAGUGGGCAAUGCAGGAGCAGGUACGUCUUGGAGGAACUUGUAGUGGUCCACCCCACCUAUCUGAUGAGAGCCUCGAUGCAGUGCAACCUGCUGAUUUACGCUGCCAGAGUCAGGAGGCCAUGCUGAAAGCUGAGCUGGAGGAACAGCGCAGACUUCCACCCCCACUGACAACCCCACCUGGUGACAAGGCCAAAUGCCCAGACAACUGCAUUUGUGAAACUGAAAACCAUCACGUAUCCUGUGAGAAGCAGGGCCACACCAAAGUACCACGAGGCUUCUCUCUAGACACACGCUUGCUGGACUUACGUGACAAUCACUUCCAUUACAUUGCUUCCAAAAGUUUCCCAGGCUUGCCAGAAGUGGUUUCCCUUCAUCUGCAGCGCUGUAAAAUCCAUGAAGUGGAAGACGGGGCUUUCAGUGGUAUGAAAGGUCUGGUCUACCUCUAUCUUUCAGAGAAUGACCUCACGUCACUGAGUCCAGAUGUCUUCAAGGGCCUGCCCCAGCUCACCUACCUUCAUUUAGAAAAGAACCGAUUUAAACAGUUUCCCAAAGGAGCUUUUACGCUGCUGCCUGGCUUGUUGGCUCUACACUUGGAGAACAAUGCCAUCACUAAGCUUGAGACAGAAAUACUGACAGGUGCUGAGAAACUGAGGAGUCUUUUUCUGAACAUGAAUGAUAUUACCAACAUCGCUCCCAGGGCCUUUGACCCAGCAUCUGACCUUGCUACAUUGCACUUAGAUAACAACAAACUCAAGGAAGUGCCAACUAAUGCCUUUCUAAAAACAAGUAGCUUGACAGAGCUUUAUUUGUCCUACAAUCCUAUUCACUGGAUUGGGGCCAAAGCUUUUCUUCCCAUUGCAACCUCUCUGAAGCAUCUUUAUCUCAAUAACAUGAGUUUAGAAAAGAUGUCCAAGGAUUCACUUACUGGCCUUGGGUCUGGACUACAGAGUCUUUUAUUGGAGGGCAAUCAGCUUGAGGAUGUGCCGGACUUUAGUCCACUUACAGGGCUUCAGGUCAUUAAUCUGGCAGAGAAUCCACUGCUGUGUGACUGCCCACUCCUACCUCUGCGCAAGUGGCUAGAGAGCGUCAACCUGAAGUCGAGGGCCAAAUGUGGUUAUCCACCUGAGCUCAAAGGCCAAAGGGUCAAGGACAUUCAUGUUUUUAAGAGCUGUCCAGGACAGGGGCCUCCUCUUUCCCCAAAUCAGAAGAUCUCCAAAGCACCAAAGAGCACAAAAUCUAAACCAGCCUAUGCCAAAACUACUAAGUCCAAACCACGCAAGAAUGCAAAAUCUCACUUAGUGCAGAAGUCUAGUGCUAAGAAGUCUGUGUGA